CAUUGUUUAAAGGUCUUGGCAGGCAUGUCUGGCGUCAGCGUGUGACAGCCGGUAAAUGGCCCGUUUGACCAGUUUUCGCUCAAGGCAAGCGGUUCCGUUUAGUGCCGCUCAUCGGCACCAGAUGGCAGCACGCUACACGCACGCGUCAACAAGCGUGCUGGUUCGACUGGACGGGCUGAUGAUCUGCUGAUGGCCGAGUUGGGGUGGAGGCAGGAGAAACGUUUGAUGUCAUCAUCUCCAGACGAAGAUCGCCGGUGACUGCUCAAAUAGUGUGUACCGUACUCGUGAACGUUGCGACCACGGUGAUUGGAACUAUCGCCUGGAAAUACUCUGGCGGAGCGCGACGGGAUGGCAACACCGCCAGCGCGACCCGCACUUCUCGUCGUCCUCGACCAAGCUUUUGUUUGAGUCGGGCGUCCAAAAACAAAUGCUCGCGGCCUUCAGCUCUUCAAGCGUGUCGAGCAAAGCGAAGUCAAGAUCGGACAGAAACAAGUCACUGUGUGCCAUUAUGGGUUCAGCUCAGGUGAAACCUACCUGCUGGCUCUUACUACUUGUGUUCCUACAAGAUGGCUGCUGCCUCAAGGGCCCGAGACUUGUGGAAGUGGAGAAGACGAUGGAAACUCAGGUGGACAUAAAUUGGACCCCCGUGGCUUCUUCGAAAGUCACUCAGUACACAGUUCGUGCGGUGCCGCUGAAGAACUAUGCACCCCACCUGGGCGGUCCCCUCGAGUGGAAGUACACAGAUGCCAGCCGUGCCGAGCUGUUCGGGCUGAGCGCUGGCACCCUCUACAACGUCAGCGUGUGGGCCGAGACCUCGGACGGGCCCUCGGAGACAACUUCCAUCUUUGCCUGGACUCAGGUUGGAGAGCCUGACCGCCCUCCGCCGGUCGAGGUGCUGUCCAGGGACGGGCCCAGGAUGGUCGUGCGCGUGGCUCGAGGAACUAGCACCAAGGGCCCGAUCACGGGCUACCGCCUGAUUGCCUUUGAGGAGAGCAGCCUGAUGUCCUUCAAGCCCGAGAGGCUGGUGGGCCACAAGGAGGCCUCGGAGGCCGGCACGCCCUUCUACCUGGCGGCCGAGCUGGGGCCCGACCACGGGGGCCGGGAGUUUGUACUGGGGGCUGGCAGCUCCCACGGUGGCUUCUUCAACGCCCCCCUGCUGCCCGGGGAAAAGUACCUCCCCAUCCAGGGUGUCGCCAGCACCCUCAACGGGAUAACAAAGUAUGCCUACUCUGUCGUGGCACCCGACGCCAGCGCAGGUGGCGCAGAGGAGCAGGUCAUGACGGGAGAACCGCCUCGGGGGCCGCCCACGAGGGCAGCCCUGGUGUCGCUGCUCUCGGUGGCGGUGGGUGUGUGCACCUUUCUGCUGGCGGCUUUCGUGGUGGCCUACCUGCUGCUGCGGCGCCACUACGGCAAGAAGAAGCGGCGCUCGGAGGAGAUGAUCCUCCAGUGCCACCCGCCGCCUGACCCCGAGACGACGCCGCUGUUCGCUCCCCGACGCUCGCAGGAGGACGGCCCCUUCUGCGCUGGAGCCCUCCAGUUGGGCGAGGGCGCCGACCUGGGUGCCUUCUACGGCCAGCUGCGCGCCAUGUUCUGGCAGGUGCCGCGCCCUCAGCUGCUGGUGCGGGACACCACGCUGGGACAGGGGCGCUUUGGCCCGGUGCGCGCCGGUGUUGUGCACAGGGACGGCAGCGACCUGUCCGUUGGGGUGCAGCGAUGCUCGGCCCAGUGGAUGUUGCCAGACCGGGAACGCAGGCAGCUGCUGGCCGAGAUUGAGGGCAUGGUCCGCCUGGGAGUCCAUCCCAACGUGGUGCUCUUCAUUGGGGCGUGCGAGGACCAGGAGUUCCUCCAGCUGGUAGUGGAGCACCCCCCGCGCUCUCUGCGGGGCCUCCUGCUCACGAGCCGGCACAGCUCCGAAGGCCGCGUCUGCUCCCUGGAGGAACGCCAGCUCCUCGAGCUGGCCAAGGGCGUCGCCGCCGGAAUGUCCCACCUGGCACGCCACGGGGUUCAUCACGGGCAACUCUCAACAAGGAGCAUCACUGUUGUGGACGACUUGGUCCCCAAGAUAUCCAACUUUGGCUUGGCAAGAUACACUCCGCUCGGCAAGAAACUGGACUUCGCACGAUGGCUGGCGCCCGAGUCCGUCAAGACGGGCAGUCACACGGCCAAGAGCGACGUGUGGUCCUAUGGAGUGCUUCUGUGGGAGGUCUUUACUUUGGGCGGCACUCCCUACGUGAACCUCAAGACGGCCGAAGUGGCCGAACGGGUGACGAGGGGUCUGCGGUUGUCCCAGCCAAAAGGGGUCCGCGAAAACAUGUACCAGUUGAUGCUUCAAUGUUGGGAGCUUGACAGGGAUGAAAGACCCACUUUUGAGCAGAUGCUCGGCUCUCUUCAAGAGAUGCUGUGUGGAGAGAUACCCGUGAAGUUCUCUCACACUCCGGGCUACACGUACGAGCGGUUUGACCCCCUGGCCGACGAGACGUGAUCAGUCCGGCUACCAAGCCACUUGCCAGUCAACCAAGCAGCCUCCAGAACCCCGGUCACUGCGUCAAACGCACUGUAGCGCGAAUCUGCUCAGCGGACGUACGGAAAGGUGGCAAAUCUUUCCUGUAAAGUUGGUGCUAGAGCCGCCGGAUGUUCUCAGAGAACCGCAAUUUGUGUCUGCUACUGCCGUAGGCGGCUCUCCAAUUGGUUACCGGCGCACAUAGCUAGAGUCACUGAAUGUUUCCAGAGUACCGAAACUAUGAAGCUUUUUGUGGUAACCAUGUUACAGCACGGAGAUCGAUGGCCACAGUAUGGUGGCCCCUGUGUGAUCAAAUCAAACCAUGUUUCACUUUGUGUUCUGCAUUCUCUUUUUCUGCGGGCCUGCUAGUACCACUUUGUUUUUAUUGAUCUUUUUUCUUUUGCUCUGAGCAGUUGUGUCUUACCUCUGGCUCCUCGAGGCCCAAGGGUCACCCAAGUCAAGGCCUAGCAUUUUAAGCCCUAGCAUUUUAAGCCAUGCGCUUUAGGCAUAUAGCAUUCUAGACCUAGCGUUCUAGGCUUAGCGUGUUAAGCACCAGGUGCAACCAAAGUUGGCAAACAUGCCGAAAUUCUUUUUUUGAAGACAAUAUUACAGGCUACUUGACAUAGAAAACCUUAGCAAGCAUUAAUGUGCCUUUUAUUUUCUGUCCAGUUGUAAUUCAUAGACUGUUUGUGGCACUCCUGUGUACAAAGUGCCCCCCCCCCCCCCCCCCCCCCCCAAAAAAAAAUAUAUAUAUUUACGGGGUUUUUGUUACUGCAAAAAUAAACUAUGCAUUGCCGAGCACUCGUUCUCUACUCAAAUGUAGCGCUAGAAGUCCAGACCAGAGGCACUAACCGUUAUCUUAUUCAAAAGUUAUAAGUGAUUUCCUGAAAUUUUGAUGGAAAAAUGGCUCUAUGGCGUCAGUUACCGAAAACGGAAAAAAAUGGGCCCUAUUUUUUCAUUGAAAAUUUCAGGAAGUCACAUAUAACUUUUGAAUAAUAUAAUGGUUUGUGCUGAAACUUUAUUAUCUGGUUUGGACCUCUACCACUACUUUUGGGUGGAGAAUGAGUGUUCGGCAGUGCUUAGUUCAUUUUUGCGGUUAAAAAAACCUUGGUAAAUUUUAAGGGGGGGAGGGGGGGGGGAACACUGUAUAUCUUUUACAUAUGUUUUCUUUAUUUUGAUUUUCUGGCACCUAUAUGACCUACAUCUGCCACCGAAAUCUGCCAUUCAGAAAGCUUGGUUGGCUGACACUUCUGGAACACUCAGUGACUCUACCCACACAUAUGCUGGCUAAGUUGAUCAGUCUUGCCAUAUAUUGACUCUAACGGUUGGCUCUAAAUAUGACUCCUGGCAAACUGCCUCUAACUUUAUGACAGUAAAUGAGCUUGCAGUCUGUUCAUCUUCAGACAUGAUUAUGGGCGCCUAACUCUAAAUCUUGUUUCAACAGUAACCAUCCGCACUCAAAGUUACUGAUGUUCAGCCUAUUUACUAACCAUCCGCAAAUCUGUGGUGUGUUCAAUCAUAUCAGUAAGUCAGUAUUACUGACUGACUGACUGGCAUUUUUCUAACUUUUUACAAUGUACAAUGACUGAAGUAUACAGAAUGUUUUAAAUUGCGUGUGAGCUUGUGCCAAGGAACUGCGUAGAGCUGUUUCAUUACAGCUCCGGUUCUGUCAAGUGUUCGUCAGCGGAGCCCGAGACGUUUUGGUACUCUCUGGACAUCCUGUGACUCUAGCUGCUCUUACACUGCCUCUCUCUUUUAUUUCUUUUUUAUUUUUGCUUGACACUCAUUGAAACUCAAGACUCUCUUGCUGGAUCUAAUAUGAGCGGUUGUACACAAAGAAGAAUCUCAUGUUUUUCAUUCAAACUAACUUCAUAAUUGUGUCGGGGGUGGCAAGACACCGUUUUUGUAACCCCUCUUGAAUGCUACGACGGUAAAUGGUGGGCGCAUAAUUGCUUAGUUUACAUCAGCAUAGUCAUUUGUGUAGACUUAGUUUUUAUAUUCUGAGAAAGUGUCCGGUGAAAAGCAAGUUUGACAGAGUUGCCGAUUACCCUGGGUCAUUUCGUCUGCACCAGACCAGAAAUGGAUGUUCCACACGACUGGCCCAUGACACAAAAAGAAGGAAACCAGGACAAGAAACUGCAGCAGCAGCUAUUUUUCCUGGUUCGCUCCUUUUUGUAUAAACUAAGAAGGGAAAUAAGAGCCUUAUCACUACAGUCUUAUUAUUAUAGUUAGCAGACAACUGCUAAGGUAGCAACGGGGCAACGGGUGUACUGGCAGAUUCCUGAGCCUUUGCUGAUUUUUAAAGGUGGCAAAGGGACCGAAAUUAAAAAUGAUUAGACUGAACUGGGUCAUCUUAUUUAUAUCAAUCUAAAAAGGAGUGUUCCACAUAACUUUCUGUUAGCAAAUAACUGCCCCGGCAGCAUCAAUAGAACCGGCCUGUUCCCAAAACCUGACUAGUAACUUUUGAUGGUGGCAUAUCACAAUAGUUUUCCUCUUAUGCGUCAGGUAGUCACCAGGAGACAGCUCUAUUUUUAAGUUUUCCGAAAAGGAAACUAGUGCUAUUGGCAUAGCACAGUGUUGCUUCCAGGUCUUGUCCAACCGAUAUGUUAAUCUAGAGCAGCUCAGACAAUGUUGACAAAGUGCUUCUAACGAAGUAGCUCAGAGCAGCUAAAGUCACUAAAUCCUGGGAAAAUAGUUACAAGGUAACCAUUUCGUUUUUCGAAGUAGCACUUUAUCCGGUCAGAGCGAACCAGUCAAAGAUUGCAGGCAUGGGCUGUUUCACAAAAACAUUUCUCGUACUCUGACAUUUCGUUAGCUCUACAGUCGAUUGUGUUAUCCAGCACAGGCAAUUCUUUAUUGAUCUCCAACUACGGGGCUUAAAUCAUAGGCAUUCUAUGUCCGAUUUGACGAAAGAAAUGGUUUCGUGAAGAAAAAAAGAAUCGUACAAACAAACACAAUGCGGCCCUAUGCUGUGCUGGUGCUUGGCAGGGGAUGUGGUGGUAUUUCUAAAUAAAUUAUGCGCAAAGAAAAAUGCACAAAGGAUUACAUAAUUUUAAGAGAUUGAGAAUUUGAUUGCAUGUACGUUGCCAAGAUUAACAAAGGACGCUUUCUACACAAUGAUGCCUCGCCACAAUCUGCGCGCAGCUGGUUAAGAAGGAUCCCCUUUGUGGUUGCCAUGGCAACACGUGCCUCUCAACCAAUGGCAAGCAGGGAAGGCAGCUGCACUACUUUCCUGAGAUCGAGUGACUUUAAUAGCUUUGAGGAAUGGCAUCUGCACCUAAAAUUUUUACCGGGCUAAGAUGCGCGCGACAUUUACGGAAACUUCCUGUCACGGGGCUUAUCCCGAAAUAAUAAGCUCCUUAGCUUUGUGUUUCGGCGCAGGGGAAGUAAUUCGGUGGCUCGUCGAUUUCGAAUGUUAUUUGAAGAACUAUGGAAAACUCUUUUAAAAGCUUGCUUUUGUUGUGUGUGUAGAUGUCGGCAAAAAACAGCAAAAUGGUUGCAUGUGGCGAACGGUAUCUGCCAUCCUCUCGUUUUGUCGUGCUACCUUUUGUUGCUUUCCCGGUGUAUAGUAUGGUAGUACUGAAGUGGCAUGCUUCAUUCACGGUGUAAUACUUUCUUGCUCAAUGUGAUGCAUCAUUUCUGUGGAAGCUUUUUUUAUGUAGAUUGCAAUAUAAUACUUACCAUAUAUUGCUGUGUAAAGGUCGACUACAAAUAUAGGCCUAAACCCCCCCCCCCCCAUUAUGACCAAUUCAAUUGUUUUCUUUUUGUUAAGUUUUUCUUUUCACUUAUUUUUGGGAUACCCUAAUUUGAGAUACCCGUUUCUGAAAUGAUUGACUUAUACGCAGCAAUAUAUGGUACUUACUGACAUGAACGGGCAUAGAGAAUGAAACUCUACUCGAGAAAUCCCCGUGACUGAGCAUUAACUGAUAGAAAAGAUUUAAUAUUUAAAGAAUCAGCUGUCAAUGGUGUUUUAUACUCAGAAAUUAAAUAAACUACAUGGCUGUGCUAGAGAAACCUUUUUUUAGCUCCUUGUUUCCAUAAUUAUAAUUUUGGAGAUUGUACAGCUAUUUCUGGAGUGUAUGAGGCACUGGACAAAGGUUCAUGCUAGUUAAAAAAUGUUUCUCAUCCGUUUAGUUCACAUACAAAACAUGGCAGUAUUGCUUCUUAUUUAAAUCACGCUUCCUUAUUGGAACACAAAAAAAGCUAUGGUUGUUAAAAGAUUUGAGUUAGAUAAUUGACUGUGUGAAAGGCAUUGAGUUGUUUUUAUUACUGACACGAACGAUGCAUUGUAAUUUUAGUUGAUGUUUGGAAAUAUGUCCGGUUAUAUAUAUGGUGCCACCAUUCCUGGCAUGCAUCUGAUUGAAGUGACUCCUCAAUCACAACCGAGAUUUCGAUGCAUCAUUUCUAUUGUUGCAUUCCCAUUUUCUCUUCUCCUUUACUGAAGAGCAGCUGCCUUUUUUUUAUUGUUUCAUGUGCAUGCCAUGACCAGGUGCAAAAUCAAAAUGUUUGCUUGUCUUAUUGUGUCCAUUGGUCGCGCGCCCCGUCCAAUGCGUUCAUUGACGUGUUUUCUCCGCAGUUAUUGUCUCGGCAUUUUUGUACCGUCGACACACGUCAGACAUUCCAUCUUGCUAUUGCAAAUAAAAAGUUAUAUCAAGA